AUGGCGGUGGCAGAGACGGGGCGUGCAGAAAAGAGAACUUCGUCGUGCGAAAAAGAGGAGAACUGCAGCGGCGUGUGCGAAGAGGAGAACUGCAGCAUUGUCAAAGAGAAGAAGGAAAGUCGUGCGGACAUGAGAGGAGCAGGCGAAAAGAGGAGAAAGAGCGCAAUUAUUGGAAGUGUAGUUGCAGCUAAACUUAUGGGCAUUGCUGGUGGUUUGUCUGAAUUAGCAAAAAUGCCUGCUUGUAAUGUUCAGCUUCUUGGGGCAAAGAAAAAGGCACUUGCUGGAUUUUCCACUGCAACCUCUCAAUUCCGUGUAGGUUAUCUUGAGCAAGCUGAGAUUUUCCAAAGCACCCCUCCUCUUAGAACUCAUGCUUGCUGGCUAUUGGCAUCAAAAUCAACUCUAGCUGCAAGGGUAGAUUCUACUAGAGGGGAUCCAACAGGAAAGGCUGGAAGAAACUUGCGAGAUGAAAUCCUUAAAAAGAUUGAAAAAUGGCAGGAACCACCCCCUGCUAAGUAA